UGACUUUUAUUAAUUUUAUUAUUUAGAAUUUAGAUAGGCUUAGGAAGAAAUUCAAUUUUACUUAUUAUAGACCUCAAUGUAAAAGAAUGAAUAACGCACCACAGUUUUCAUUACGUUGGAAUAAUUAUGUUAAUCACGUAACUGAAGCCUUUAAUUCACUCAGAUUUGAAAAUGAUUUAGUCGAUGUGACCUUAUGUUGUGAUGGUGGCAAAAUCCGUGCUCACAAAAUGUUACUAUCUGCUUGUAGUAAUUAUUUUAAACAAAUUUUUAAAGAAAACCCUUGUCAGCAUCCUGUGAUAAUAUUUAGAAACUUCAAAUAUGAGGAUCUCAAUGCUAUCAUAAAUUUUAUGUACCACGGAGAAGUAAAUAUUUUUCAAGAACAAUUAGAGUCUUUUUUAAUAACUGCCGAGCUUCUAGAGGUUAAGGGUUUGACUGAUAAUUCGGAAGAUGAAUCUUCCAAGGGCCAAUUGAAGAUCACCGAAAAUAAUUCAUUAGAUCUAAGUUCUAAAUCAAGCAGACCAACUGAACUACCUGUGCCAACUUCUACGGAUGAACCCAUGAAUCUAGCUACCUUACCAACAAGCAGAGAUGAAAACAUUCCACAAGACAACUCCAUAGUUUCUCAAGAAUCUGAGAUUGAUGUAAUUGAGCCACAACCAGAAACAUCUAAACUUGACACUACAAAUAUAAAGCCCCAGAUAAAAGUAACUACAAAUAUUAACAAUGAAAUGCAAGUUGAUACUCAAAGUACUUCAGCUGAAGACUUAUCUGAUAAAAGUAAUCCAGAAUCAGACCUGGCUAAGUUUAGAUGUCAACUAUGUCCAAAAGGCUUUAAGCAUCCAACUUCCUUGACAUUGCACAAAGACUCGCAUGCCGGGAAAACACAGUGUCCAGUUUGUCACCGGUCAUUUUCACGAUCAUAUGAUAUGAGAAGUCACUUGCAGAGAAUACACCAAGGAAAACAACUAACUAUCAAAGAAAUAAGAUAUAAAAACAAUAGUGAUAGUGUGGCACCUAAGCAGUUCACACAUAAUAUAUAAUAAAAAAAUGUCUGGUAAUUGAGAUUACCAUCUCGCACAGAGUGCACAUUUGUUAUAUUCAAAUAUUAACUAUGUUUAUAGAUUAUACAAUACUAUAUUAUAUUUAUUUACAACAUCUAAAGUCACAAAAAUUGCUCAGUGAUUUAGCCUUGGUUAAUUUUAUACUAGUCUUACAAGAAAUAUUGUUUUAAAU